GUGUGAGUUCCGUGGUGAAGUGCGGCGCCCGGCUCCGGUCCGGACCCCUCGGUGUGUUUCGGUGUGUAUCGCGGUGCGUAUCGCGGGGAUUAUCGCGGUGUUUCACCAUGUCGGGACUGCGGCUGCUCAAGUCUCUGGUGCACGAGCGGCUGGCGGCGGCGGCGGAGGAGAUCUUCGGCCUGGUGGAGCGGAUCAUCACGGAGCACGAAGAGGAGCUGCUCCGCCUGUACCGGCAGCCCAGCGGCGGCCCGGGGCCCCGCGGAGGGACGCGCGGAGACGGCCUGCAGCGACUCACUGGCCCCGCCUCCCCGCCGCCGGACAACCAGCCGCAGCCCGCCGUCAUCAAACAGGAGCAGGAAGAGGUCUGGACCGGACAGGAAGUGCAGGACCAGGUGCCACCGCCACCUGAAAGGGAGGCCGAGGUCAUCAAGUUCAUCUACAGCCCCGUGUGCAAGAGCGAGCAGCCUCACACUGACUCCGCCUCCUGCCACGACGCCAUCAAGGCGGAGCUGCCGGACGAAGACGCCCUGCCGUGCACCGCCAACCACGCCCUGCAGGAAGAGGCGUCUGACCCGCCGCCCUCCACUGCCGUCGACGGAGACGAGGGCGAGGCGAGCGGCGCCCCCUGCUUCUGCAGGGUGUGCGGCAUGACGUUCAGCUACCGCGGCUCGCUGCUCAACCACGUGGAGAUCCACGCCGACGACGCCCACUGCCUGUGCGGCAUGUGCGGCAAGCUGUUCCCCACGCGGCGCUGCCUGCUGGAGCACCUGCAGAGCCACGUCAAGGUGCACGUCUGCGAGUUCUGCGGCAAGAACUUCCGGCGGCAGGUGGACCUGUCGGUGCACGUGCGCUGCCACACGGGAGAGAAGCCGUUCGCCUGCAAGGUGUGUGGAAAGGGCUUCAGCCGCAAGGGCAACAUGGAGAUCCACAUGAGGACGCACACGGGCGAGAAGCCGUACCGCUGCGGCGUCUGCGGGAAGUGCUUCAACAUCGCUUCGUCCAUGAUCCGUCACUCGCGGACGCACUCGGGCGAGAAGCCGUACAGCUGCCAGUUCUGCUUCAAGGGCUUCACCAACAGCUCGGACAUGAAGAUCCACAUGAGGACGCACACGGGCGAGAAGCCCUACACGUGUCCUAUCUGCGGCAAGGGCUUCCCGCUCAGCACGCCGCUCAAGUACCACAUGAAGAACCACAUGGAGGAGCGGCCCAACUGCUGCAGCGAGUGUGGCAAGUGCUUCAGCGACGCCUACUCACUGCGGCGGCACAUGAAGAGCCACGCCGAGGAGAAAGCCUCCUAACCAGCGGAGCGGGAGCCGUCUACAAGGUCGAGUUGUUUUAGAAGCCAGAUCCCUGUUUCCAGUCUGAACGGCUUUACAGGCCCAGCAGCUCACAAACAAACUGAACAGGAUUUGACUUCAUCCUCACGGCGGGCGAGAAAACACCCUCAGAUGAAACAGGGAGAAAGGGAAGUAACGUUGAGCCAGGUGGACCACAGGUGCCGACCAGCUGGGACACUGAUCAAAUAAAGAUGUACCAUGUAAAUGAUGCAGAGUUUUGAUUGGUCGGGUUCCGCUGAAGUGACCAGCGCAGCUUUUGAGUUCAGAUUGAAGCCCUCAGCUCCGCCUGCCGGGUCUGGCUGAAACAGAAACGACACUGCAGCUGUUUCCUGGUGCUGAACGGCGUGAUCGCCACCUCGGCGUCGCCACGGGUCACGUCAGCGUGAAACAGGAAGCAGAGGAUCCACAGCUGCUGGGCUGUGAGGGGGAAGCUAACCCUGUCCCAGAAGCCCUGCUGUUGAGUUGUUGUAGUUCACUCUGUCAGAGUAUGAAGAUGCAGUAACUCAAGAAUGUCAUCAUACAUGCUGAACUGGCUUGGUAUCUGACUGUCACUGCAUGAUGUCCCACAAUGCAGCAGCAAAAUGCAGUAGUGGACAGGCAGGAGCUCCUCACUGUUUGAAAAUGAAAAAUGAACGGAUCAACUGGUCGAGAGUCUCUGAGUCUCAGGAGGCAACGGGGAAACUAAGAAGUUCAUCAGAACCCCAUCUGAACCUAAAUAUCUGCUGAGAUACAUGUUUGUGUACGACCCCAAUCCCCCAAAAAGUUGGGACAGUACGGAAAAUGCCAACAACAAACAAAACGGAGUCAUUUGUAAAUUAUAUUCACCCUGUACUAUAAUGAAAACACUACAACAACUUAUUAUUAUUUGAUGUUUUACCAUGUUAAUUUAGGGAACAUUAUUCUCAAAGUGCUGGAUUAUUCACCGACAAAUCUGUUGGCAAACUCGUGAGCCUCACCCCGUCCUGCUCAAGAAGGACUAGGACUUUCUUGGAAGCUCCUUGUAUUCUAACAGGAUCGUCUCACCUGUUUCACAUCACCGUCUAAUUUCAACUGGUCACAUCGUUAUUAGUCCUAAAUUGUUCCUGUCCCAACUUUUUGAACCGUGUUGCAGGCAUGCAUUUCAAUAGGAUUUGGGGCAUUUCGCUCUCUACAACACACAAUAUAAUUUAAAAAAUUCAAGGAAAACAGGCAAAUGUCGGUGCAUAAAGGGCAAAGCCAGAAACACCUUCUGAACGCACGUGAUCUCUGAUCCCUCAGACGUCACGGCCUUAAAACCCACCAUGCGUCUGCAGUGGACAUCAUGACAUGGAACACUUUGGUAAACCCUUAUCAGUUUACACCGUUCGCCACUGCAUUUAGAAAUUCAAGGCUUUACAAUGCAGCCUUUCAUCAGCGCUGUCCAGAAGCGCUGCCGACCUCUGGGCUCGGCCUCGUCUCAGAUGGACAGUUUGUUUUGUGGUCCCGUAAAAACAGCUGUUGUGUUCUCCGGGCUCAGUGUCAGACUUCUGUGAGGGCAGCAUUAAUACAGAAAGAUAUGGACAAAUUUUGGAGCAACGUGUGCUGCCAUCCAGGCGUCAUCUUUUCCAGGGUGGUUCCUGCAUUUUCCAGCAGGACGACACCAAACCGCAUUCUGCCUGGAUUACGAGCGCCCAGCUGCUAUCCCGCUGCGCCUGCAGUCCUGACCCGUCUCCAGCUGAGAAUGUGUGGCACAUUACGGAGCAGAAAAUACGACAACCACGACCCUGUACAGAUGUGCAGCUGCUCAAACACUUGGUGUUAUUAAAGGAAGGGGUGAUGUUACACAGAGGUAAAGCCUCACCUGUCCCAACACUUUUGGAGCAUGUUGCAGUCGUCAGAUUUAAAAUGAGUGUAUGUUUUCCAAAAACAACAAUACAUGUAUAUCUUCAAAAACAAUGAAGAUGACUGGGUAAAGUACAUUGUCUUUAUUCUGUUUUUCUUUGAGUCGAAGUUCAGGUAAAUUUACAAAUGACUGCUCUCUGUUUUCAUGUGGAUUUCAUUUACCGUCCCAACUGUUUUUGGAAUUGGGGUUGUAUUUGUUCUCUUGCUGUUUUUUGAAUCUGGAGUUGAAAGCUGUCGGUCACAUGACGUGUUGCAUCAUUUCGGGGUUAGUAAAAACCAGAGCAGUAUGUUGGGUGGUUACCAUGGAUGUUAGUGUACAGUUGGUGUUUAGUGUUAGUGUGUGCUGGGCCUCUGGGACACAGCUACACAUCAGCUCAGAGGUCCCAGCUCUGAUUAGGAGAAAUGCCCUUCCCAAUGGGACGUCCCGCUGCGGAGCUGGGACUGGGAUAUUUUAUUUCUCCAUUUUGUGCACCACCAACUUUUCUUCAUCAUCCAACCAACAGACGCAGGGAAAGGCUCCGGGCCGCAGUGAGCAGUGAACCUGCUCAACACGACCAGGUGGAGCUCUUGAAAUCAGCCCAGUGCAAACUGGGAGGUUUGGUCUGGUCAUUUCCCAGCUCCCAGGAGCUCUUGAACGCAGCGUUUGGCCUGAUUGGCUCAGACGCCGGCUCCCUUGUCCCUCCUGAACGUGUCGCACUGCAACAAGACAGAAAACUCUGAUCUGUUCUCUGGGAACAAAUGACUCACUAACCUGUAAGGCGCCUUGAGGUAACUUCUGUUCUGAUUUGACGCUUUACAAAUAAAGCUGAGCUGAGCUGAGUAACCAGAGACAGACAGCAGACUCUUGUGACCAGAUCUGCUCAUUAAAUUAAAAGAACACACGAUAAACCUGUAUCAUUGUAAAAUAAAACUACAGAGAACACUAGAUUGAAGCUGAACGUGUUUUUAAAUAAAAAU